GUAGAAAACUCAGCAGAUGUUCCGAAUUCCAGGGCUUCAUCUGCGCCCGUGCAUGAAGCUGUGUCUGAUUUUUGGAGUUGGAACCUCAAGGCUGAUACGAAGAUGGAUGACGGAUACCGAAGUCUGAGGCUUGAGGGACAACACUGCAUGUCUUUCGCUCAGUCAGUCAGCCAGUUGUUAGUGGCCCCGGUUCGCUGCGCCUGCGUCCGCCUUCCACAGCUCUCCAAAGCCGAGACGCGCCACCGCCGCCGUCAGUGCGGGCAUGACAUACUGGCAGCAGUAGUGGGGCUUCCGUCAGCCUGCUUUUAAGCAGAUUACAAGAAGGAGCGGACGAGAAAUAAAGAGAGUGAAGUGACUCAUUUCUGCCGCUGCCGUGCGUCGAGAAGAGUACAUGAGUCAAUGGCAGGGGCACAGCCUGGAGUUCAUGCGCUGCAGCUCAAGCCGGUGUCCGUCCCCGAGAGCCUGAGAAAGGGCAACAAAUUUAUGAAAUGGGAUGAUGACUCUACCACUGUGACCCCGGUGACUCUUACAGUCGACCCCAAAGGUUACUUCCUGUAUUGGACCGACCAGAACAAGGAUACAGACCUUCUGGAUAUAGCGUACAUAAAAGACGCAAGAAAUGGAAAGUGCACCAAAACCCCAAAGGAAGCAAAGCUGCGGGAGCUUCUGGAUGUCAGCACCCUGGCGGGGAAGAUGGAGAACAGGAUGCUGACGGUGGUGAGCGGCCCUGACAUGGUCAACAUCACCUAUUUGAACUUCAUGGCCUUCCAGGAGGAGACGGCAAAGGAAUGGGCGGAAGAGCUGUUCAAGCUUGCGUCGAACCUUUUGGUACAGAACAUGUCCAGAGAAGACUGCCUUGAGAAAGCAUACACUCGGCUGAAGCUGCAGCUCAACCCUGAGGGGCGAAUCCCUGUCAAGAAUAUCUUCAGGAUGUUCUCGUCAGACAGGAAGCGAGUGGAGACGGCCCUGGAAAACUGUAACCUCCCUUCUGGCAGAAAUGACUCCAUCCCCCAGGAAGAUUUCACUCCGGAGGUCUACAACAUGUUUCUGAACAACAUCUGCGCCCGAUCUGAGCUGGACCACAUCUUCUCCGACGUGGGGGCUAAGAGUCGUCCAUACCUGACGGUGGAGCAGAUGACGGAGUUUAUAAACAGUAAACAGCGAGACCCUCGCCUGAACGAGAUACUCUACCCUCCUCUCAAACCAGAACAGGUCCAGUUGCUGGUGGACAAAUAUGAACCCAAUGCUUCGCUGGCACAGAAAGGUCAGAUCUCGGUGGAAGGCUUUGCCAGGUACCUGAGCGGAGAAGAGAACAGCAUCAUCCCACCUGAGAAGCUGGACCAGAGUGAAGACAUGACCUUUCCCCUCUCCCACUAUUUCAUCAACUCCUCGCACAACACAUACCUCACAGCCGGCCAGCUCGCGGGGAACUCUUCCGUCGAGAUGUACAAGCAGGUUCUCCUGUCAGGGUGCCGCUGCAUUGAACUGGACUGCUGGAAGGGUCGCACCACAGAAGAAGAGCCUGUCAUCACUCACGGCUUCACCAUGACGACUGAAAUCUCUUUCAAGGAGGUGAUCGAGGCCAUAGCGGAGAGUGCCUUCAAGACCUCGCCCUUCCCCAUCAUCCUGUCUUUUGAGAACCACGUGGACUCACCGAAGCAGCAGGCCAAGAUGGCAGAGUACUGCCGGUCAAUAUUUGGAGACGCAUUACUGACAGAACCUCUGGAAAAAUAUCUUCUGGAGGCUGGCGUACCACUGCCCAGCCCGAUGGAGCUGAUGGGGAAGAUCCUGGUGAAGAACAAGAAGAAACACCACAAGACGGACGGCAGCACCAAGAAGAAGCUGUCGGAGCAGGUUUCCAACACCUACAGCGAUUCUUCCAGUGUGUGUGAGCCGUCCUCCCCAAGUGCAGGUUCAACCAAAGAGGAGAUGGCAGACUCCUCGCAGCCUUCCGAGGGUGCCGAGCUCAGCCUGAGACCGCAGGGCAGAAAGUCCAUCGGCGAGGUGGAGGCAGAAAGUGAGGACGAAGACGAUGACGACGACGACUGUAAAAAGGGCUCGAUGGAUGAGGGCACAGCAGGCAGUGAGGCGUUUGCCACAGAAGAAAUGUCCAACCUGGUCAUCUACAUCCAGCCAGUCAAGUUUAACAGCUUCGAAGCCUCUAAAAAGAUCAAUCGCAGCUACCAGAUGUCGUCCUUCGUGGAGACCAAAGCUUUGGAGCAGCUGACCAAGUGUCCUGUAGAGUUUGUGGAGUACAACAAACUGCAGCUGAGCCGGAUCUAUCCUAAAGGUACCCGAGUGGAUUCGUCCAACUACAACCCUCAGCUCUUCUGGAACGCCGGCUGUCAGCUGGUGGCUCUCAACUUCCAAACCAUUGACUUGUCCAUGCAGUUGAACCUGGGCAUGUAUGAAUACAACGGGAAAUGUGGCUACAGACUCAAACCAGAGUUCAUGAGGCGGCCGGACAAACACUUCGACCCCUUCACUGAGAGCACAGUGGACGGGAUAGUCGCCAACACGCUGUCUGUAAAGAUCAUCUCGGGCCAGUUCCUGUCAGAUAAGAAAGUGGGCACGUACGUGGAGAUCGACAUGUUCGGCUUGCCGGUUGACACCAAGAGGAAAGCGUUCAAGACCAAGACAUCUCAGGGCAACGCCAUCAACCCCGUCUGGGAGGAGGAGGCCAUUGUGUUCAAGAAGGUUGUUCUGCCCACACUCGCUUCAUUAAGGAUAGCCGUGUAUGAAGACGGAGGGAAGUUCAUCGGGCACCGUAUCAUUCCUGUGUCAGCCAUCCGUCCAGGCUAUCACUACAUCAGUCUAAGGAAUGAGAAGAACCAGGCACUGACUUUGCCUGCUCUGUUUGUGUAUGUAGAAGUAAAGGACUACGUCCCAGACACGUUUGCAGACGUCAUCGAAGCCUUGUCAAAUCCCAUCCGUUAUGUCAACCUGAUGGAGCAGAGAGCCAAUCAGCUGGCUGCUCUCACUUUGGAGGAGGGAGGAGAGGAGGAGGGCGACAAAGAGGUGGAGGCAGGAAGUGAUGCCCCCUCAGAAUCUAAGGUGGACCAGAGGGUGACGCUGCCUGCAGAGAACGGACUGAGCCACACGCCCAUUAUCGCCCCGAAACCCCCGUCACUGGUCGGCCACCAGCCGCAGUCUGCAGGCUCAUUGAAACCAUCAGUGAAGACUGAGGACAUCAUUCAGAGCGUCCUCACUGAGUUAGAGGCUCAGACGCUGGAGGAGCUGAAGCAACAGAAAGGUUUCGUCCGAGAGCAGAGGAAGCAGUACAAGGAGAUGAAGGAGCUGGUCCGGAAACACCACCGCAAGACCAGCGAGCUGAUCAAGGAGCACACGGCUCGCGUGUCCGAGCUGCAGAGCCAGCAUCAGCGGCGGCGCUCCGCCCUGCAGAAGAGCCACAAACGAGACGGUAAGAAAAGUCGGUCCGAACACUCUCUGUCGGCCCUGGACCAGGAGCUGUGUGAGCUGGAUCAGGAGAGCAGCCAGAGGCUCGCAGAGCUGAAGGAACAGCAGCAGCAACAGCUCCUCACGCUGCGCCAGGAGCAGUACUACAGCGAAAAGUACCAGAAACGAGAACACAUCAAGCAGCUGGUUGAGAAGCUGACCACCAUCGCAGAGGAGUGCCAGAGUGCUCAGCUCAAAAAGCUCAGAGACAUCUGUGAGAAGGAAAAGAAGGAUAUCAAGAAGAAAAUGGACAAGAAACGGCAAGAGAAGAUCAACGAAGCCAAAUCUAAAGACAAGAACGUGACAGAAGAAGAGAAGCUGGAGAUCAACAGAUCGUUUGUCAAUGAGGUGGUGCAGUACAUCAAACGGUUGGAAGACGCUCAGAGUAAAAGACACGAGAGACUACUGGAGAAGCACAAGGACAUCCGCCAGCAGAUCCUGGAUGAAAGGCCGAAGGACGAUUGUGCAGCUGAAGAGCAUGAGAACGACAAAUGCCGUGCGGGUGUGUUACUGUAUUAUAAGGUGUAGUUGGCGUAACACGGCACCAUAUGAGCGGCAGCAGAUUGGCCUGUGUAUGUCGAGAUCACAGCUCAGUUGGAGUGCUCAGAUUUGAUCCCACGUGUCAUCCUUGAGCAAAUUCCUUUAUACCAGCCAGAGAGUGAAAGGAAGAGCUACUAAUGUGGUUUAUUAAAUCAACUCGAUAAGAUAAUAAAGCAUGAAUGUAUCAGCACUACAGUAACACGUGGUUUUGCGUAAGGAUCUCCAGGCUGUAUCAGGAGAAGUACUGUAGCUGUCUCAUAUAUUUGUAAUAAGGAAUCCUUUUUAGAGCCUGACUGAUGACCAACAUCACAAAUAUAUCAGUAAUAUAUCAUAUAUGACGUCUUCUGUGUGUUGAUAUGAAACAUAUUUAUUUUUAGAGAUUACAAUGCUUAAAGCUACAAUAUGUAGGGACUCUUCAUCUGUCAAAAUCAUACUCAAAACAACUCAUAACACAUCACUAACACAUCGCUAAAGUAACAGCUAACUGCUGCUAACUAUAACUCUCAUCAGCUAGUUAGCUCAGCUAGCCGUCCAGCUAGCAGUCCAGACUGGGAGCCUCAGAGAAGUGUUGGUAUUUUUUCUUCUAGCGUGGUAGCUUUGGACUGGGACAAGCUGAGGCUAGCUGGUUAGCAUGCUAAAUACAGUUGAUGAAUGAUUUUUGAAUGGUUUCAACUAAAAUUCUUGCAUAUUGCACCUUUUAAAAAAGAUCUUUGGGUAACCUUAAAAUCAUUAAAUUCCUAAUAAAGCAUAAUGUUACAGUGCACUGAUGUCUUUUUAGACAAAAAUCUUAUUAUUAAACUGAAAAAUAUCCUGUGCACUUAUCUUUGUCACAAGUGUUUGAUGUGAGUAUACCGUGAUGAUCAUGUCACAAAUACAGUGUUAUGUUGUACAAGUAAAUCCACUUAACACAAAGGCAGUAACAGUCUAUUUCUCUUGUUACAAUUUUCUCUUCCAUUUCUUACUUUGACAAGAUAUUUUAAUCUCGUCAAAACAGACGAGAUUAAUGCAGCGCAGACCAUAUAACAGCACGCUGCCGGCAUAAUCAAGAUUACCCCUGCUGGCCUCAGAGACACUCUGAUAUGAGCGUGUUUUCCUCUCGUCGUCAAUAAAAAGAGCACAGUGUACGUUUACCAUAUCUCAUGAGGUGCUGUUUUUUUUUUUUUAAAGACAGGCAUAAAUCAGACGGCUGCAUAGCCGCCCACUCUCAUAGUGACAGCUCCUUGUUCCUUUGAAACAACCUGUAUCCAGUGUGGGAGGGUGCAGUAUAGAUAUCCACCCCGACACCUCACG